UUUGGUUAAUAAUUAUUGAAUCAUGAAAAAGAAAACUAAAGAGAAUGACCUGAAAUUCACUCUGCAGGAAGAAUUGAGUCAGAUGAUGGUGGCUUUUGGAGAAUUUGAUCCUCCAAACCAGCAUACAUUGCAGUUGCUUGAGAUAUACCUGCUUGACUUUCUAGACUCGAUUCUUACUGAAUCUUAUAGGAAGGCUAAGAGAGCUGGACAUAAGGAUACCAUCAAGAUAGGAGACCUACUUAGAGAGAUACAGUUCGAUGAAAUGAUGUUCCUCAGAGUCCCUGCCCUCUUAAGGUCUCUAGAACGUAUGAAAGAAUUCAGAUCCAUAACCGAAGAUCCAACGAAAAACUUCAUGAAAAAUUUUCAGUAAACACCAGUU